UGAUGCUGCUGGACACAACGGAGACUACCUCAGAGCUGGGCUGGACCACACAUCCAAAACUAUCCGGGUGGGACGAGGUCAGCGUCCUGGAUGACCGGGGGAAGCUCAUACGGACCUUCGAGGUCUGCAAUGUCAAUCAGAAUUCCCGUCAGCAGGACAGCUGGCUGGCGACACCUUUCCUCUUCCGGCAGUCGGCUCCGCGGAUGUUUGUGACGUUGCGCUUCUCUGUGCGCGACUGCGCCAGCCUGCGGACGCCGUCGCCCACCUGUCGGGAAACGCUCACCCUCUUCUACAAGCAGGCCGACUCGCAGGCAGAGCUAAUGAAGACCUGGAGCCCGGAGCCGUCUAGCAGCGAUAAAGAGUCGAGGGAGGGCUGGGUGAAGAUCGACACCAUUGCUGCUGAUAAGAGCUUCUCCAAAGUGGAGCCCAGUUCACCUCACCAGUACCAACCCAACCGCUACAGUCGCAUCAACGUUAAAACGCGAAGCUUCGCUCCUCUCACGCGUGGCGGGUUCGUCUUGGCAAUUGUGGACAGUGGCGCUUGCGUUUCCCUCAUGGGGGUGUCCAUCUUCUACCGGCGUUGUCCAGCCACCAGUCUCCACUUGGCGUCCUACCCUGCGACUCCCUCUGGCGCAGAGCCGACCGCUCUGGUUCCCGUGAUGGGGAGCUGCGUCCCCCACAGCAGAGCGCAGGGCGGGACGCCCCCUCGCAUGCACUGCAACGCCGAGGGCGAGUGGAUGGUCCCCGUCGGAGGAUGCGUCUGUGACAAAGGAUAUGAGCCGAACGUCAACGGAUCUGCCUGCCUGGCCUGUCCUGUGGGCUACUUCAAGUCUGUGUCUGGCUCCAAUCCCUGCUCCGUGUGUCCGUCCAACAGCAGAACCAGCCAGGAGGGAUCGAGUGUGUGCGAAUGUCGCAGUGGCUUUUAUCGUGCAGCCAACGAUGCCAACUCGACCGCCUGCACAACUCCUCCUUCUGCUCCAGUAUCUCUGACAUGGGAGUAUGAAAGCGGCGAUGGAGGAGUCUCCUUAAGAUGGCGUCCGCCGGUGGAAAUGGGAGGUCGCACUGAAGUGUGGUACGGUGUAGUUUGUCGCAUUUGCCCUUCGCCCACCUUCAGCAACCCAGCCGCAUGUUCCUGGUGUGGAGAGGGAGUCACCUUCAGUCCGUCACAGACCAACCUGAAGCAGACUAAAGUCACCCUCAACAAUCUGCUGACCAGGGUCACUUAUCUCAUACAGGUGCAAGCAAUGAAUGAGGUUUCAUCUUUGAGUCCUUUUCCAGCUCGAUACACAAGCAUCAAUUUCACCACCAGCCAGUCAGUUCCCAGCACAGUUCCCAUGUUGCACCAGCUGAGCCGAGCCCCAGACUCCAUCACGCUCUCGUGGCCUCAGCCGGAUCGACCCAACGGAGACAUCCUGGAGUACCAACUACGAUAUUACGACAAGGGCUCAGACGUGGACAGUGCCAUGAUGGUGUACAGCGAGACCAACACGGUGACCGUCAACGCCCUGAUUCCCGGCUCCAUCUACGCCUUCCAGAUCCGAGCUCGAAAUGAACGAGGCUACGGCCCGUACAGCAGCACCAUCUACUUCACAACGCUGCCGCUCGAGGAGCAUUCACAGCAGAUCCAGAACCGACUUCCUCUGCUCGUCGGCUCAGUGAUGGGCGGGGCAGCGUUUCUCCUCGUGGUGGCAGCAAUCAUUGUCGUGGUUGUGUUUCGCAGCAAGAGGAGAGAGAGUCCUUACAGCGACCGGCUUCAGAGGUACAUCAGUAAUCGUGGUGGUGUUAAAUAUUAUGUGGACCCGUCCACUUAUGAAGACCCCAGUGAGGCCGUUAAAGAAUUUGCCCGUGAAAUAGAGCCUUCUCACAUCAAGAUUGAGGAGGUGAUUGGUGCAGCCCAGUUUGGCGAAGUGUCUCGUGGACGUUACCGUCCUGUGGGCCGCAGGGAAGUGCUGGUGGCCGUGAAGACUCUUCGCUGGGGGGCGUCUGACAGAGAGAAGGGCAUGUUUCUCAGUGAAGCGGGGGUCCUGGGACAAUUUGAUCAUCCCAACGUGCUGAAGUUGGAGGGGGUCGUCACGCGCACUCCUCCGGAGAGGAUCAUCACAGAGUUCAUGGAGAACGGACCACUGGAUGGUUUCCUCAGGGAGAACGAAGGUCAGUUCAGUGUCCUCCAGCUGGUUGGGAUGCUCAGGGGGGUUGGUGCUGGGAUGCGGUAUCUCUCCGAGAGAAACUUCGUUCACAGAGACCUGGCUGCCAGAAAUGUGCUGGUCAACUCCAACCUGGUGUGCAAAGUUUCUGACUUCGGCCUCUCCAGACUCAUGAGGGGUCUGGAUCACAACAUGCCCACAUACACCGCCUCUCUGGGCAGUAAGAUUCCAGUGAGGUGGACAGCACCAGAAGCUUUUCAACAUCGAAAGUUCAGCACAGCCAGCGACGUCUGGAGCUUCGGCAUACUGAUGUGGGAAGUGAUGUCCUACGGAGAGCGCCCGUACUGGGACAUGAGCAACCAAGAGGUGAUGAAGGCGGUAGCAGAUCAGUAUCGGCUCCCUCCACCUCACAACUGCCCCCCUGCCCUCCACUCCCUGAUGCUUCAGUGCUGGCAGGCCGAACGAGGAGAGCGGCCAGGCUUCGACCAGCUCCUCUCCUCCUUGGAUCGGCUCAUCAGGCACCCUGCCUCCCUCAAGGCCGAGCCAACUCGGAGCUGCUCGCAACCGCUGCUCAGCCCCACGCCCACAGACUUGACGGCAGUGGUGACCGUCGGCGAUUGGCUGAAAGCGCUGAGGAUGGAGAGAUAUCAGGAGGAGUUUGAUCGGGCAAACAUAGACACGUUAGACAGAGUCAGCAUACUCACCAUGGAAGAUGUCCAGAACCUUGGUGUGAACCUGCUGGGCCAUCAGAGGAAAAUCUUCAGCGCAGCCCAGCAGCUCAGGGCCCACCUGACGCAGGGCCAGGUGGAGGUCUGAGGCCGCAGCCAGAGCACAAUCUGUCCCGGUUUCCACCUCCUGUCACUCGUCAUUUUUAUUUCAUGGGGGCACUUGCAAUUAAGCAGAAACGGAAAAAGAGGACCCGCUAAAAGCGUCACUCUGAACUGUAUAUUCUUAAAAAAAAACCUGAUGCACCACGGUAACGGAACGCCCUCCCACUGGAAAGAACAGAAGAAAGGUGCACCAUGGGAGCUGAAGUCCAGGUCAAACGGAGGUUUGUAAGAUUUCUGAAGAGGACUUUAACGUUUCUUUUUUCCUGUGCUUUUCACUUGUCUUUUCAUCAUCAUUCUUUGCCCUUUCUCGCUGAGACUCUAUCCCAUUUCACCCGUUCCAAAUGAAGUAAAACAACAAAAAAGGUUUUUCUUAAAUAAUAAAAAGAAAACUCAAGGAGAUCUUUCCUCACAAAGAAUUGCGUGAAGACAAUCAAAGGUUUUGUUAUUAUUAUUAUUUUUUUAGUUAUUUGUAAAGCUCUAUCACUUCCUCUCUACUUAAACAACCAAACUACCUAACAGCCUACAGUGGCUGAAUUUUGCUUUCAGAAAAAUAUAAAGUUUGUUUAGUGUUUAAGCAAAAGUGCGAUAAACCACCAAUCCAAAGUCAGUAAGUCACUGGGAAAACUCAAAUGAAAAUGUUUUUGUAUGAACACUCUAAGCCAUGUUGUGUCCUUUUAGAAGGCAAAUCCAGGUCUAGAAGAAGCUCCUCUCUUACGGUCCGCGCCGUCCUCGGUGACGGCAGACCUCCCACAUUAAAAUUUCACCAGAACCGUGACAGAAACAGAAGCCAGCAGCACCGUAUGUGUACAUUUCACACGUCACCUCUGUUUCAUUCAAUUGCCUGAGUAAAGACACCCAGUCACUGGAGCAUGGUGAAUGUGAGAAACGGGAAAGACGGAGAAAAUCUGAUCUGAUUUACACCUGGAGGAAGCAAGAUGCUUUGUGGCAGUUUGACAGAAGCACGUGUGUGUGUCUGCGUGUGUGUGCGUGUGUGUGUUGUAAGGAUGACUGUGCUGUUAUGUCCACCAGGAUUUUUGCUGUAACAUGAUUUUGUGUGUGUGUGUGUGUGUGUGUGUGUGUGUGUGUG